UAAUUCGCCUAAUUAGAAGUUUGUUGACAUGCAUGAUUGAUCAAAAGCCAAUCUAUUUUAUAGUGAGAAGGCACAUAAAGAAAAUAUAGUACACAAAACAGUUCUCAAGCUAAAGAUUCAGUAUGGCAGCUGCUCAUGUGCAGAAAUCUCAAGGGGAUUAUUUCAAGGUGUUGGAGAGCCACAAGAAGAAACUGGGAGACUAUGAGCAGGUCCACUUUAGGAAGAGCAUCGUCCCCAUUGCAGAGAAUCUUCGCUAUGAGAUGUUUGCCCUGGCCCCCCGGAGAGCGUCAAGACCCCACCUGGUGGUAUUUGACAAGAACACAGCCGCCACGUACCUCAGACAGACGGAGACCCAGUGGCUCAUGCCCAACCUCUCAAGACAAGACGCUGCUAAGCUACUGUUCAACAAGCCAACAGGGACCUUUGUGGUUCGCAACUCUCAGAAGGCUCGCUAUGCUCUGACACUGCGUAUGCCCGUGGAUGACCCAGCUGUCAGCCACUUUCUCAUACAGACUAAUCAGCAGAAUUUUCUCACUAUUCAAGGGUCCAACCUUCCUUUUCUCUCUAUUUACGACCUCCUCGCCUAUUUCUGCUUCCAUCAAAGUGGCGGAAUGCCAUGUUGUCUAAAGCCACCUGUCAGUCAGAUUCAAGAAGACUCAAGUGAUUCGUCGGACAGUGACCCUGAUGAACCCCAGCCCUACUCCAUCCCCCUCCCCAAGACCACACCCCCUAAAAUACCCCCCAAGAGCCCGAGAAUUAUCACCAGUGGCGAUAAACAAAAACAAAGAUUGGAAGAGAUAUUCAUAAAUGGCAUCAAACACGAGAGCUAUUUAAAUGGCAGGCUAGAGAAGACGAGAUUGUCUCCACCUAAAGAAGCUAAAGGUGAGAGUAGAAGUGUUGGGGGGUCGCCUAAAGCGAUUAAGAAGCGAAUCCCACCCCCCAAACCCCCAAGAACAGACGUUCCAUUGGACUAUGAACCCAUAGAGUACGAAGAGGAGCAAGUGCGCCUCUUCCAAUCUGCAAGAAGAGUGAGCAGCCUCGUCGAUAUGGACCUAUCACAGCUGUACAUGCUCGACAGGAAACCACCGGCCCCAGCCUUUUCAGAAUCCAACCACUGGCCUGCGUCCCCCCAACACAACAGCACGUAUCUGCCGCCCCCUACAGGCCCAGUACCUGCCCCCAGUGUAGUUAAUCGUCGAGUCGAAGACCAAGCCCUGGGCCGAUCUGCGGACAGUGCGGUGAACACACCUCCUGAUUCCCCCAAAGUGCUCUCUCUGGUUGAAAUGUUUGAAACUAAAUCUCCCUCCACUUCUCCGCCAGCGAAGCGAAGCCCUCCAAUUAAAGCAACUAAACCAAGGAAGAGCCCACACAUACUGAGAAAACUCUCCACCAAACAGCCUAGCAAUGCGCCUACGCUACCCCCCAGACCACAACCACCACCCGUCCCCCCUAAGCCGCUGCUACCCACGGAAGGGGGCACCCCAAUGCGGCCCCCUCGCACACCGGCCCCAAUUAUACCCCCCAAACCCCAGGGAUUCACGAAUCUCCGCAAACACUCACUUCAGAGAUCACAGUCAGACUCACGAACAAAAAGACCAGCGGUGUCGUCAAGAACUGCAACAAAGUAUGAGCGAGGAGAUGAUGUCCCCGCCAUGCCCACAUCACGACGAUCCGAGCACUUGUACGAGCCAAUCGAGUUCGUGGGAGGAGGGGGCAGAUCUGACGACAAGCUGGCGACCAAUCAGAAUGAGAGGGAGGGGCGUGACCCAGCCAGCAGCUCAACUUCACCUCACGAGGAACCAGCGGAGGGAGGUGGAUCAGUGACCCCUGACCCCAAGGGUUCGCGAUGGGGGGCACUCCCAGCUUGGGCAAAGAAAUUGAAACUACCUCGAAAACCUCGUAAGAAGAUUCGUAAGUUCAUCAUAGCGUUGUCUGAAGACCAGGGGGCGGAGUUUGGGCGGAGGAUCAGCGAGUUCAUUGCUGAGAUGAAAGCACACAGCAUGGAGCCACAUCAGAAGAUGCUCAGUGAGAUUCGCACCUUUAUCACUCAAAUGCACGAGUUUCUGCUGAGCGAGCAUAAAUCCGGACUUAUAAACUGUGGCAUGGAGUCAUGUGACAACUUUGGGCAUGUGAUGGAGACGACCCUCCAGCAAGUGAUCCUCCACCCACUCUCUCACUACAUCUACCUCCGUAUAGAAGAGUAUUACUCUCAGAAUGGGUUCCUGUUCCAGGUUCAAAGGUCAAUCCACCAGGGAAAGCUGAAACAACCGGAGGAGAUGGGUAUCAGGAAGAACCUGCUGGUGCCUGGGGACAAGGCAGUGGCUGAACUGACUGAAGUGUUCUCUCGCAUGAUGAAGACACCUUGCGCCAUCUCUAAACUGGAGUACCUACUGGAAGCGGUGCGUCUCACAUAUGAGAAUGUACGAGAUUCUAAAGCCCCGAAGAAAUCUAUGAAUGAUCUGGGAGCCGAUGACUUCCUGCCACUGUUUGUGUGGGUGUUGGUGCAGUGUGGGUUCCAUCGGGCGGAGAUAGAGGCGGAGUACAUGUGGGGACUGGCUCACCCCAGUCUGUUCAACGGGGAGGGAGGCUAUUAUCUUACCACUCUCACUAGUGCUGUCAACGUGCUCAAGGAGGUCUCCCAACCUCCUGCACAAACCACAGCGCAAGCACAGUUACCCACAAUGAACGAGAUGCAGACAGAGCUGAAGGUGUACUGUGAGGACGAGCAUACUGGACAGUACUCCUCCGCCUUCUACCUCCCUAUAGUGCCCACCAUGCCAGCUGCAGAGAUAUGUGAGACGAUAGCCAGUCGCCGACGGAUACCCACUCCCGAGAAGUACGCCCUUUUCACAGUGAUCAACGGCAAGUCCACAAUGAUUGAAGACAGUGAGAGACCUCAAGAGAUAAAGCUGCAAUGGACACUAGAUAAGAACUCAGUGCAAUGCACAACUCCAGGCUCUGCCUAUCAGCCUAGCAGUAGAUUCAUUGCUUAUAAAUUGAGAACACCUGUUUCAUAGUCAUGUGAUUGUCACAUGUAUUCAUAUUAAUCAUUUUUUGUACUCUAUUUGACAUCUAAUAACAAGAAUAAA